AUGUUUUGUUUGAGAUGCACUUUGUGUCAGACUGCAAAUCAAAAUGACAAAGGAACGGACGCCAAUCAAGAGCAUGAGGUCAACAAGUAUUUGCUGUUCCUCCGGAUUGUCCUUGCAGAGAUGUUUAAGGACCUCCGUUUGAACGGCUGGCAGAUUGAGGAGGCCAAAGAGCGGAUGGCUAUCCUUUCCAGGUCAUCAUCCCAUCGCCACAACAGUUCCUCCAGUGUUGGCAUUGUGAUGCAGUUGACACGUGUGCUAUGGGAUGAGCUUCUACCUCAGUUAGAGCAGCAACCCAAAGCCUCACGACAAGUCAUCUUGACGCUUUUGGAGCCCCUCAUUAGCCUUUCAGAAACAUCGUACGUUGAAGGACUUGUUCGCGGAAUCCAUGAGACUGUCUUCAAAAAGGUUCCGUGGGAGCUGCUGGACAGUUUGAUCAAGAGAUUGCUGGAAGCUGCUGCCCGAACAGACAUCCUCCAGCAAAAUCGAGAAGUGCUAUAUGAGACAGUUGACGAAUUGGAAAGACGAGCAAGGGGUCCUCCUCCCAGUGUGCUGCUUUUCAACGAGGAUAUCUCCGACAAAGCAGACGCAGUUCCAAAGGGGAAAAGAGCAACAACGAAGGGGAAAAGCAAAAAGGGGUCAAAGACAAAGGUGGCCAAGGCAAAGAAUGCAAAGAGAGUCAGCCAGGUUUCUCCAUUGAUGCUUCCUAAGGCAGCAGAGCCACAAUUGCCAAAGACAGAGCUGACCGGUAAGAGGACCCAGCGACGUACAAAGAUGAAGGGAGGGAAGCACACUAAUGACAAGAGGAACCCGACCAAGGCAACUACGGAUCAAGAACCGUUUGUGGAGCCGACAAGAAAAGAGAAGCACAUAGCAAGAAAACGAGGGGUGACUUUCAAUCCAUUGGACAAGGUUGUGACGUACUCAGAAGAUACACCAGUGUCAAAGAUGAAGGGUCCUGGAGUAAAAUGCAAGAAGCGAAGGAUUGAAAGCACAAAGGGCGAACAGAGGAACAGUGCUAAGAAAAGGACAUUGAAGAGAGGAUAA